AUGGAUCUUAUAUUCUACUUCGCACCGCCUAUCAUUGAAUCGUACGCUCUCAGGGCAUUUUACAAGCUCAGACCGGAUGUGAAACCAGCACCAAACCAUCCAUACAGAGCUAGGUGCGCCAUUAUUGGCGCAUACAUUGCUUUCACAUUCAUCAAAAUGGCUUGGGGCUAUCAUCCAAACGUCUUUAAGCUGCUUAAUGUACCAAUCGACGCAGACGAUACGCGUCUAAAUAAGGCAUGGAAGGCUUAUGCGCGUAAAAAUCACCCAGAUCGCGUCGGAUUGAACAAAGACACGACAAUGUUUGUCCAUGCGCGUGAAUCUUAUCAGUUGAUUCAAGAUCCAGUGAGAAGGAUUGCUUAUGAAAGAUUCGGACCAUCAAUAGCGCAAUGGAGGCACUGCAUUACUCUCCAAGACUACAUCAAAAGAGGUCUUCCUGCUGUGUUCAUGUAUUACCUCGCUACAUUUGUCUCAAUGAUGGUUAUGUCGCUCUUCAAUGCGUCUUACAAAUCCACAGCAUAUACUCGGUUUUCUUUAUUCUUCGCAAUGCUGACAACAGAGCUCCACUUGCUCACACGGCCGAUUCCAGGGUUUUUGAGGCUGCUAGGAGUAGCCAAACCUAUGCCGUUUGAGGUUAUAAGUUUCAUGCACACAGUUUGGCUGAUGCUGAACAUUGCGAUUGCACAGCUGGGACCUAUAGCGAGCACAAAAAAGGGCAUACACGGGGAUUCAGCAAGACAACUGAAGCCAUACCUCGACGAUUCGCAGAAACUGACGAUGAAGAGUCUCGAGGAGGUCACGCGUGCACUGGAGAUCAACAUCAAGGCACUUAAGCAAUCUGGACAACCAAAGGAGACAGUGAGAAAGGUCGUAAAAGAGGCUUUCAUAAAUGAUACCAUUUGA